AUGAAUAGAGCAGAAAAUUUAGAUUCCAUCCCGACUGAUCUCAUUCUUGAGAUAUUCUCGAGAAUGUCAACAAAGUCCAUCGGGAGGUGUCGUUGCGUGUCGAAGCUAUGGAAGUCCAUGCUUGGCCAUCCAUAUUUCACCGAGUUGUUUUUGACAAGGUCCUCCGAUCAUCCACGUCUCUUAUUUGGGGUCAAAAGAGAGCGUCAGUGGCUUUUCUUCUCGUCGCCUCAGCCUCAAGAUCUUUAUGAGAAGUCAUCUCUUGUAGAUUUUCAUAUGAACUUCUCUGAUUUUCAUAUGAACUUCUCUGGAGACAUACGCAGAAACGAGUGUACAUAUGUUUCUGGUUUCAUCUAUUUCCCUAGAAAGCGGAUCAAAAAUUAUUUGUGUGAUUUCCGUGUGAUAUGUAACCCUAUCACGGGACAAUAUGCGAUCUUACAACUGAUAACAUUCCACGAGAAGAGAAGCUUUUUAGGGUUUGAUCCGAUUGACAAGCAAUUCAAGGUAUUGCGCAUGAAAUAUAAUGAUCGUGGUAUUGUUGUUCACCAUAUUCUGACAUUAGAACCUGGCAAAAUGAGGUGGAGAAAAAUCCGAUGUCCCUUAGCCCAUGAACCUUUCUGGGAAGAGAUAUGCGCCAAUGGGGUUUUGUAUUACUUAGCUGAACCAACUGAUGGAGGGUCUUAUGUGAUAUGUUGCUUUGAUGUUCGGUCUGAGAAAUUCAAAUUUAUUGACGCAAAAUGCUUUGGUGAUUUCUCUAUUCAAUUGAUCAAUUAUAAGGGUAAACUAGGUGGGAUUAGUUGGAAGUAUGAUACCGUCGAUGGAAAGCGUACCGUUGAGUUGUAUAUGUGGGUUCUAGAGGAUGUCGAGAAACAGAAAUGGUCCAAAUACGUCUACCCUUUGCCGGGGAAUUCCUACCAUUAUUCCGUUGCAGGAGUGACAGCUAAAGGUGAUAUUGUUUUUGUCAAGACUUACACAUCUAAACCGUUUUAUGUUUUCUACGUAAAUCCCGAAAAGAAAACUUUCCAACGCGUUGAAAUCCAUGGUAACCAUGAAGUGUUUGACACUAAUAAUCUAGUUUACGCCUUCGUAGACCAUGUAGAGGAUCUUCAGUUUGAUGUUAUGAAGAAAACAUAUGCUGCAAAACCUAUAAGCCCACCAAAACAGAAGCCUAAACCCCCGAGUACAGAAACAUCGUCUAGAGAAGAUCAUCAAGGGUGGAUAUCAAUAUCGUCUAGAAAAUAUCAUCAAGUGAGGACCAUUGCUCACCGGCAACAAGGUCGUCGUAAGUUUGAGAGCAUUAACAAAUUCAAUGCUCUGUAUCUUGAUGAUGGUGAUGAAGAUACCGUUGCUCACCAGCAACGAGAUCACCAUACUUUCAAGAGCAUUAGCAAAUUUAAAGCUCAGCGUCUUUUAGAUGAUGAUGAAUUUACAGGUGUCAAAACCAGUAAGUGUGACACUUCUCAUUUACAGAACAGAGUAACGGCGGUCCAUGAGCUUCAUAUUUGGUCAAUCACCGUCGGCAAAGUUUCUUUAGCUUCACAGGUUAGCAUCAAGCCCGAGGCAGACACAGACGCGAUACUUGACAAGGUGAUUGAAUAUAUCAAGAGACAUCAUGUAACUAUUCAAGUAGAAAAGGAACAGAACCCUUAG